AUGGUCAACUCCUGCUGUGGAUCCGUCUGCUCUGACCUGAGCUGCGGAAGGGGCUGUUGCCAAGACACCUGCUGUCAGCCCAGCUGCUGCAGCAGCCCUUGCUGUCCCCAGACGUGCUGCCAAACCACUUGCUGCAGAACCACCUGCUGCCGCCCAACAUGCGGUGUGACCAGCUGCUGCCGCCCAACCUGCUGUAGACCCACUUGCUGUCAGUCGUUCUGCUGCCAGCCCACUUGCUGCCGUCCAGUCUGCAAUGUUUCCAGCUGCUGCAGGCCCUGCUGCCCCCAACCUUGCUGUGUGUCCACCUGCUGCAGGCCCUGCUGCCCCCAACCUUGCUGUGUGUCCAGCUGCUGCAGGCCCUGCUGCCCCCGUCCCUGCUGUGAGACUAGCUGCUGCCAGCCCACUUGCUGCCGGCCACCUUGCUGCCGCCCCACUUGCUGCCAAACCACUUGCUGCCGGACGACUUGUUGCCGCCCAACCUGCUGUGUGCCCACCUGCUGCCAGCCUUGCUGCCGCCCAGCUUGCUGCCAAACCACUUGCUGCAGAACCACUUGCUGCCGCCCCACAUGCUGCAUGACCCCUUGUUUCCGCCCUACUUGUGGUUCAUCGUCUUGCUGCUGA